GCUGGUGAUCCUUGUACUUUACGACUUUACUCACUACUGUUGAUGGGCGCUUGAACUUUUCACAUGAAAUCGUGGUAGAUCAGUUCCGGGUUGGUAAGUUGUAUAUUUCACAAAUUUGCAACUACGAUUGCCUUGCGUCGUUACGAGGACAUCCUCUCCAUGAUUGAAUGUACAAAGAACGAGCUAGUUCAACUAUGGCUGCACCAGUGGCGGUUAAGAUUUAUCCCAUUAUCAACACCAUACAAAAGAUGGUUCUCUAUGAAACUAGAGCUGUAAGUGUUCCAUCGAGGUUUUACGUAGUUGGGUCUAACAACACAGAGACACAAUUCCAUGUGCUAAAAAUCGACAGGACAGAGCCAAGGGGAUUGCACAUCACAGAAGAUAAGGCAGUUUACAAUAAAGAUGAGAUAGGUGACUUGCUACUCAUGAUUGAUGUUGGUAACCAAACGAAACCAGGACAGAAACAGACGGCUGCGAGUUCAGGUCUCUGUGUUGCCUGCUGUGCUUUUGGUAUCGUUGGUUUCGUGAAGUUUCUCGAAGGCUAUUACAUCAUCUUGAUCACAAAACGACGAAAGGUGGGAAUCAUUGGUCAUCACACAGUGUACAAGAUAGAAGACACGUCCAUGAUCUAUAUUCCCAAUGAAUCGGUUCGACAGACAGAUCCUGAAGAGUCGAGAUAUUCGAAGACAUUUCAAACUGUGGAUCUAUCAAGCAACUUCUACUUUAGUUACAGCUACGACCUCACGCACAGCCUGCAGUACAACUGCACACCUCCACGAGACACGGAUCGCCUGGCCCCUCAAGCCUCUUCCCUCCCAGCCGACGCCAUACACCUGGCGCAGGGAGAACUGGAGGAGGCUACCAACUUCAUCGAGGGGAAUGACAAGGCGGAGGCCACGGACUUAGUAUACGGUGUCAAGAACUCUCCAUCCUAUAAGUACGUGUGGAAUUCAUUUUUACUGGAGGAGUUUGAGCACAAGGUGCAUUACGAUUGGGUGCUGCACCUCAUCCAUGGUUUCGUCGGCCAAUCAAUGGUCAAUGUUUUUGGAAGACACUUGUAUCUGACCCUCAUCGCUAGAAGGUCCAAUAGAUUUGCCGGAACAAGAUUUCUCAAACGUGGAACUAAUGGCUCUGGUGAGGUGGCCAACGACGUCGAGACAGAGCAGAUUCUGCACGACGCGUCGGUGCAGUCUUUCCACGACGGUCACUUCACGUCAUACACGCAGCUGCGGGGCUCCAUCCCGGCUUUCUGGUCGCAGGACAUCACCAACAUGGUGCCGAAACCUCCCAUCACGUUGGACCUUGUCGAUCCAUACUUGAGCUCUGCCGGUAAACAUUUCAACAGCCUCCUGAAAAGAUACGGCUCACCUGUGAUUGUAUUCAAUCUUGUCAAGAAAAAGGAGAAGAGAAGACAUGAGAGCAUUCUUCAGCAGGAGAUAGUCUCUACUCUCAGCUACCUCAACCAGUUUCUGCCCUCACAGCACUCACUGCAGUAUGUCGGCUUUGACAUGGCAAGGGUCAGCAAGAGCAAGAACAUCGACGUGAUGACGCGACUAGCGGAGAUCGCGGAGAUGUGUCUGCAGAAGACUGGCUUCUUUCAGAACAGGCAGCGACUGUACAUUAACGAGCUCUCCAACUACAGGUCGGCUGGUGUCAGCAGUACGCUGGGGGACGGCAAGUCCUGUGUUAAGCAGACGGGCGUGGUGCGCACGAACUGCGUUGACUGCCUCGACCGCACCAACACGGCCCAGUUCGUCCUCGGGAAGUAUGCUCUCGCUCAUCAGCUGUAUGCUAUGGGAGUGAUUGAGACCCCCAAACUACAAUUCGAAACGGAUGUCGUCAGGAUGUUGGAGUGGCUGUAUGAGGACCAGGGUGAUACGCUCGCACUGCAGUACGGUGGCUCGCAGCUGGUUCGCCGCAUACAGACGUACAGGAAGGCGUCUCCCUGGAUCACGUCUCAGUCACGAGACAUCAUGCAGACCCUCUCCAGAUACUACAGCAACACCUUCUCAGAUGCUGACAAGCAAAGUGCUAUCAACCUGUUUCUGGGCGUGUACAGGCCAGAGAAAGGCAAGCCCAACUUAUGGGAUCUACCGACAGAAUAUUAUCUACACCACCCAGAGGCUAUGGGGAUCACGCAGUGUCACAGACGCAGUUAUUCGGACUGGUGGGACGUGCGGUUGUUAAAGUCGCUUCCAUUACCGUAUGACGAAGAAUUCAAGGAAGUAGCAGAGAAGAAAUUGCGUGCGAUCAGAGUGGGAAAAGCCGACCGUAGGAUUGAUAGCUACCUUGAGUACUACCAACCUCAUCAACUGACUGUCUUUGAUGAAUUGUGGAGUCUAACCUUGGCUCGUGAGAGUGUUCCCAGUACGGCAGUGAGAGAGAACUACAGCCCCUUUGCUCAGCGAGACUCCAGACUCCGGGAUACCAGCAGUUCGGGCAAGGUCACCGUGGUAACGUCGUCGACGGCGUCGAACUCGUCCGACACGGCGACGAGCAGCGACGAGACGUCGACGUGCAGCGACGAGGAGGAGCAGGAUUGGCUGAAUCUGACCAUACAGCAGGACUGCGCGUCGUCCAAUUACUUCUCGUUCAAGGACCACUUUACAUCAAUGAAAUCCCGCUAUGGAGUGGAAAUCAAAAACCCGGAAAAGGUGGACAUAUCACUAUACAAAAGGUACGUCGGUAUUGGUGACAACGCCUGUCAGCCCGCAGUCAAGGAGGGAGAGCAACUGAGCCAAGAAUCAAGAAAUGCACAGAGCAAGGUGACAACACUAAUCAGGAAAAGCGCGUUCUCAUUGGACAGUUCUCGCCACGUGACGCCACCGACGGUAAACCGACAGGCACGUGACAUCUACCGCAUCUACGUGGCGCGCGGCAAGACGGGAGCGCAGGUGCCCUCUCGCGGCACAACAGCCCUCUACGAGCAGUACUGCCGCUCCUACAGAGGCGCCACCGUCAUGAAGGACAGGUAGAACACGCUGCUGCGUGCUAAAGGAGUUCCGCCAAGCAAUGACGUCUGCUUGGGCCGUGGAACCGGGGCUACAAGAAUGUGUGCUGGUGGUAGUGCGUGUAUGUGCUCGUGUGGCUGCGUGCGUAUGUGCGUGUGUGCCGUGUGCGUGCCGUGUG